AUGAUAAAGCCAAAUGAUAAGCAUCUUCUGCUAAGAGUGAACAAAACCAUUAGAAAAAUCGCUAUUUUUUGCCCAAAAGCCCACCCUCCGUCAGUGAACAAAAAUUUUUUUAAUAGAAAAAUUUUUUAUGGAAAAAAAUUUGAUAUAUAAAUGAUAAUUAGAAUAAUGAAAUCUAGAGCUAAUUCUGUUUAAUUUUAAACAAAUUGCUUUUUAAAACAUAAAUUUUAUAAAUUAAAUUAAUAUUUGCUUUCCAAUUUUUGCGAAUUAGGAUUUUUUUAAAUUUCGAAAAAAAAUAUUUUUUUAUAAAAUUAUAUAUAAAUUGUUUUUUUAAAAAAAAAAAUUAACACCCCAUGAACAAAAUUUUUUUGUUCACUCACGGAGGGGGGGAAGUAAGAAAAUUGAGGCAAUAUAUGAUCACUGGUCGACAACUGUCUUUCUUACAACUUUAACCAUAUAUGCUUUAUUUGGGGACAACUUUAGACUUUUGAUGACUUCAAAAGAAGCUGACUCAAUAUUUUUCUCUAUCACUUGCGCCAUUAUGGGAGUAUUUUUAAUCGAAAUAAUCACAACUUCAAUAGCAAAAGAAGGCUAUUUAUUCAGUUUUUAUUUUUGACUUGAUCUGGUUUCUACGAUAUCCAUGAUCAUUGAUAUAGGCUGAAUUUGAGACGAAAUUUUUGGAACUGACAGCACUACAGGACGGCCUUCUGUAAGUUCAAGCCAAUUUGCAAGAGCUGCUAAAACUUCUCGAGCAGGCGCCAGAGCAGCUCGAAUAAUUAAAAUUGUAAGAGUCGUCAAAAUGAUCAGAAUUUUCAAGCUUUACAAGCUAUCAGAGGAUGCAAAAGCCAAGUUUUUGAAAAAUAAUGAGCGCUUUGUAGCUCCAGUAGUAAAUAAUGUAAGGGGUGGGAGAAAUUCAAUAGACCUGACUGAAGAGGAAUCUGAGCUUAAUGAUGAGACCAUUGAUUAUAAUAACUUUACCUUACUCCACCUCUGUGAGAGAACAAAACCUUUGGAAAAAUCCCUAUUUUUUGAGUUAAAAGCAGGAAGGGGAGUUAGGGCCUGAAAAAUCAAAAAAAAAACUAGAAGAGCCUCGCAUAGUGAACAGAAAUAGUGAAAAUAAUCAAAACUUAAACGUAGAAUACAAAAGCCAAAAAGAAAGCAAAAUUGGGGAGAAACUGUCUGAGAUGACGAUCAAAAAAGUGAUUACUUUGGCCUUACUCCCCCCCUCCGUGAGUGAACAAAAAAAUUUUGUUCACUCACGGAGGGGGGUUAAUUUUUUUUUUUUUAAAAACAAUUUAUAUAUAUAUUUUAUAAAAAAUAUUUUUUUUCGAAAUUUAAAAAAAUCCUAAUUCGCAAAAAUUGGAAAGCAAAUAUUAAUUUAAUUUAUAAAAUUUAUGUUUUAAAAAGCAAUUUGUUUAAAAUUAAGCAGAAUUAGCACUAGAUUUCAUUAUGCUAAUUAUCACUUAUAUAUCAAAAUUUUUUUCCAUAAAAAAAAUUAUCUAUUAAAAAAAUUUUUGUUCACUGACGGAGGGUGGGUUUUUUGGGCAAAAAAUAGCGAUUUUUCUAAUGGUUUUGUUCACUCACGGAGGGGGGGGAGUUAGGAAUGGUCAUUAUUUUACCUCUCUUUUAUUCGACGCUAUACUAUGAAGAUAAUAACUCGUUCACUAUAGGCUUGGCUUUUAUGUUUGCCAACAUUGAUAAUGAAUCUGCAGAGAAUAGAACAUGUGAAUUUUAUAUUAGCGAGCACAAAAAUAUUAUGACUCCUUUGAUAUAUCUAGAUAUUCAAAAUGUCUAUAAAUGAGAGUCUUCCAUUGAUCCAGCUAACUUAUUCCGCCCCUCUCCGUGAGCGAAUAAAAAAUUUUGCUCACUUACAGGGGUGUUAAUUUUUUCUUUUUUAAAAAAUUUAUAUAUAAGUUUUAGUAAUUUUUUUUUCGAAAUUUAAAAAAUUCCAAUUCACAAAAACUGGAAAGCAAAUAUUAAUUUAAUUUGUAAAAUUUAUGCUUUAAAAUACAAUUUGUUCAAAAUUAAACAGAAUUAGCUAGAUAUUUCAUUAUAAUGAUUAUCACUUAUAUAUCAAAAUUUUUUGUUUGCUGACAGAGGGUAUGUUUCUGGGCAAAAAAAAGGAUUUUUCCAAUGGCUUUGUUCGCUCACGGAGGGGGUAGUUAAGAAGUGAAGAGUUAACAGUGAUCAUAAGGUCUGGCAAAUAUAAUGGCAAGCCAUUAGACGCUCUUGCUAUGUUUGAUAUGCGGGAUUCUACCCGAAAACAGGCAGGCUUAGACUUAGGAAUGACCUUAGGCAUUUGCCUUACCUUAACAUUUGGAGCUAUCUAUUUUACAAAGGACAAUUAUAAGUUUAUCAUUUGACCAAUUGAAAAUAUGAUGAAAAAAGUUAAUGAAAUUUCAGAAAAUCCUGUAAAAGCAGCCCAACAAGAAGAAAUUGGGGAAUUUCUGAACAAGACUUCAAACAAGAACGCAAAAAAGGACCAUCAUAAAAUUCUAUUAGAAACAAGCAUUUUAGAAAAAACCUUGGUAAAAAUAGGCGCCUUACUUGUGCUAGGCUUUGGUGAAGCUGGCUCAGAAGUAAUCACAAAAAGUAUGAAAAGAGGUGGAGGAGAUAUCGUCCCCAUGAUUGCUGGGCAAAAGAAAUAUUGCAUUUUUGGGUUCUGUGACAUUCGAAAUUUUUCUGAAACUACAGAAGUUCUUCAGCAGGAUAUUAUGAUUUUUGUCAACGAAAUUGCCAAAAUAGUCCAUAAUAAUGUCAAUAAAUACUUACUCCCCCCCCCUCCGUGAGUGAACAAAAUUUUUUUGUUCACUCACGGAGGGGGGUUAAUUUUUUGUUUUUAAAAACAAUUUAUAUAUAUAUUUUAUAAAAAAUAUUUUUUUUCGAAAUUUAAAAAAAUCCUAAUUCGCAAAAAUUGGAAAGCAAAUAUUAUUUAAUUUAUAAAAUUUAUGUUUUAAAAAGCAAUUUGUUUAAAAUUAAACAGAAUUAGCUCUAGAUUUCAAUAUAAUAAUUAUCAUUUAUAUAUCAAUUUUUUUUUCCAUAAAAUUUUUUUCUAUUAAAAACAUUUUUGUUCACUGACGGAGGGUGGGUUUUUGGGCAAAAAAUAACGAUUUUUCUAAUGGUUUUGCUCACUCACGGAGGGGGGGGGGAGUUAGGAAGCCCAAAUAAGAACAUUGGCCAAGCGUUUCUUUUGGUAUGAAAAUUCCCAAAAGAAUCAAUCAGCGAAAACAAAGAAAAUGUGAAGCUAGAAAACAAUCGACUCACAAAUUCUUUUGCUGACUUAUCACUCAUUUCUUUUUUAAAAAUCAUAGCUGAGAUCUGCAAAAGCCCAAAAAUUGAGUCGUUUUCUCAGCACCCUGCCUUAAAUGCUAUGAUUCCAGGAUAUAUAGUUUCUAUGGGUUUUGGGUUGCAUCAAGGAUGGGCUAUUGAAGGGACGAUAGGAAGCAGUUUUAAAAUUGAUGCUUCUUAUUUAUCACCAAAUGUAAAUAUCGCUUCUAGGAUAGAAGCUGCAACAAAGCAGUUUGGGGUUCCUCUAUUAGUUAGUCAGAAUUUUUAUUCUAUUUGUUCACAAACGACUCAACAGUAUUUACGAAAAAUUGAUAGAGUUACAUUGAAAGGAACUAAGGCUCCUAUGGAUCUUUAUACCUUUGAUUUAGAUACGUCUACUUUAAAAGUCAGCCAUUAUAGUCAAAGGAAAGAAGAUACAAAAAAUGCGAAAGUAUUAGAAAUAAUUAAAAGAGAAAGGCUAAAUGAUGAUGUUAAGUCUCAAAGGUUUUCUGUGUCAUCUAUGUUUAUAGACGAUCAUGAUUUAAAAAAUUUGAGGAAAAAUGUGUCACUAGAGUUUAUUGAAGAAUUUUCUGAAGCCUUGACAUUUUAUUUGGAAGGAGAUUGGGUAAAUGCAUGCAAUUUGUUGAAACAUGCAAAAAGAUAUAAGGUGCAGCCAGAUGGACCAACUGAAACUUUGCUUGAGUUUAUGGAAGAGUAUGGAGGAAUUGCUCCCAUUGGAUGGGCUGGAUAUAGAGAAUUGGUAGAUAAGUAA